AUGACACGGUGGAGGACGGACGCAGGUGUGGUGAGGGCACUUGUGGUGUGUGGUGCACUCCUGGGGACCCGUGCCGCUAUCUUCUCCACCAAUGGUGUCCAGGGCAACAACACCAAUGAGGCCGAAGCCAUCGACUUCCUGCGAGGGUACGACGCUGAGGCGAGCGCCAUGUGCACACGCUUCAUGGAGGCCAGCUGGGACUUUAACACCAACGUCACGCAGACCAACAGGCGCCGGAUGCUUAUCCGGCAGAUGGAAUGGUCAGACUUUCACCGCACCAAGUGGAACGAGGCGAUUACCUUCGCCUGGAAGAACUUCACCAACUCCCCCAUCAGGAGGAUGUUCUCCUUCGUCACCGUCCUGGGCAAGGCCGCGCUCCACAAGGAGAAGCUGCAAGAGCUGACGGAACUCAUACAGGACAUGAAGACUGCCUAUUCCACAGCCAAGAUCUGCAAGUACGACCCCACGAAACGACGACUACCCAACGGCGACUAUGACUACUACUCUGACUUCGAUGUUGAGGACGACAACGAGAUUGGUUGUGUUCCGACACUUAGUCUUGAGCCCGACCUGACGCAGCUGAUGGCGAGGUCACGGGAUCCGGAGGAGCUGCGCUACGUGUGGAGGGCGUGGAGGGAGGCCGCUGGCAAACCGCUGCGUAGCAAGUACAUCCGCUUCGUAGAGCUGGCAAACGAGGCCGCCCGGCUGAACGGGUUCAACGAUGCCGGAGAGUUCUGGAGGAGCGACUAUGAGAUGGAUAAUCUGCGCGAGGAGCUGGAUGAAUUGUGGGUGAAGCUGAGGCCACUCUAUGAACACCUCCACGCCUACGUCAGAACCAAGCUACGGGAACAGUACGGCGAGGAAGUGGUGCCAAGAGCCGGACCCAUCCCUGCUCACCUACUAGGUAACAUGUGGGCUCAGACGUGGACGCACACGCUUGACCUAACUAUCCCCUAUCCUGGGCGUACAUCUGUUGACGUGACCAACAGCCUCCGUCGCCAGGGCUACACUCCCCUUCACAUGUUUCGUCUGGCAGAGGGGUUUUUCACAUCACUGGGGCUCGAACCCAUGCCCCUCGCUUUCUGGCAGAAGUCGCUCAUCGUGAAGCCCACUGACAGAGAGGUGGUGUGCCAUGCAUCAGCCUGGGAUUUCUGUAACGGCUUUGAUUACAGGAUCAAGCAGUGCACUCAGGUGACAACCGAAGACCUCAUCACCAUUCACCAUGAAAUGGGCCACAUCCAGUACGACCUCCAGUACCGUAAUCAACCUUUCAUCUUUAGAGAUGGUGCCAACCCUGGGUUCCACGAGGCGGUGGGGGACGUGUUGGCACUCUCGGCCUCCACACCGCACCAUCUUCAGUCCAUUGGUCUGCUGGAAGAUGUGGAUGACUCUUACGAGACAGAUAUCAACUUCUUGUUCAGUAUGGCUCUGGAUAAGAUCGCUUUUCUGCCCUUUGGAUACUUGGUGGAUUUGUGGCGGUGGGAGGUGUUCAGUGGGAGGACAGGGCCACUCUCGCUCAAUAGUCGCUGGUGGGACCUCCGCCUCUCCCUGCAGGGAGUGUCACCACCUGUACCUAGAGAUGAAGAUGACUUUGAUCCCAGUGCCAAGUUCCACAUCCCUGCCAACGUUCCUUACAUCAGGUACUUCGUCAGCUUCAUAGUGCAGUUCCAGUUCCACAGUGAGCUGUGUAAAGCAGCCGGGCACACAGGACCCCUACACCGCUGUGACAUCUACCGCUCCCGUGCUGCUGGUACACUCCUCAGGAACGUGUUGUCGCUAGGCAAGUCGCGGCCCUGGAGGGAGGCACUGUCGGUGCUGACCAGUGGCAGGACAAACAAGCUGGACGUUAAGCCUAUCCUUGAUUACUUCGCCCCUCUCCUCACCUGGCUACAGUCACAGAACCGAGACGAGUUCAUCGGCUGGAGAGAGAGUGAGGCCAUCGUGCAGCCGGUGAGGACAUCCAGUAACUCCAUGAUCACGGGGAUCGUCUUGGGCACCGUCGCUCUGCUGCUUGUCCUAGUGGCCAUCAUCGUCAUUGUUAAGAAGAUCAGAGGCACAGGAAAAAACUUCAGUGCUGUAGCCGAGGGAACCUGAGGCUGUGCCCACUCGAAGUCUGAGGUCAAAAUUAUCGAAGAGGAUUUGGGAACAAUUUAAAGAUUCAAAGUCAUUAACUGAAUGGUUUCUACCCAUUUUUGAAGUUAAAGAAAAAAAAAGGAAAAUUUCAUUUUACUUGUGGCCAAUACUUAAUAAGAAUACAGUUUGUAUGUAUUACAAUAAAAUGUAUUUUUCUUUUUACAUUGACUAACAUUUAUUGAAUGCUCAUAGAUAAGCAAAAAUAUAUGUUUUGAAAAUCA